UAUGAUACAAACAAUACUUAUCACAACAUAUCGGUCACUAUCAGAAAUUUCGUCGUUUAUAGCUACACCCUCCAUGGAAAGAAUGUGAAGAAUAUUGCACACGUCGCCUCUUCCAUUAAUUACAAGAAGAAACGUUUUCGGUAUUCAGGUAAAUUGUAAUCUUCCGAGUAAAUUUUAAAGGCGAGCAACAACAUAAAAAAUUACUAAAUUUUUUAUUAACUUCUGCAGUUAAGAAGCGUGAUUUAUUAUCAUGAGCAAGGCGAAAGACGAAAUCCUGAAACACUACAUAAAAUGCGCCGAUGAUAAAUUUCUUUGUAUACAUUGUCAUAAGAAAUAUGCUGGCGAUACAUCAAAUUUGAAAAAUCAUUUAAAGAGGCUACACCCCAUAGAAUUCGAUUUAAACAAAGACGACGGUGACGACCCAGAUUUUUAUUACGAUGCGAAAAAGGUUAAAGUUGAAAAGGACGAUGAAUCCAAAAAACUAUAUCGACCGUUUAUGAACAGAACAGUGGGAUUACCGGAUUUUUAUUACGAUGGAACAAAAGUCAAAGUUGAAAAGGACGAUGAAUCCAAAAAACUAUAUCGACCGUUUAUGAACAGAACGGUGGAAUUACCGGAUUUUUAUUACGAUGUAACAAAGGUCAAAGUUGAAAAGGACGAUGAAUCCAAAAAACUACAUAGACCAGUAGUGAACAGAAUUAGUGUGGAAUUACCAACAAAUUCUCUUUCUCAAUUUCAAGUGACCAACUUGAGUAGGAAGAAACACCUGGAUUACAAGUUGCUUCGUAUGCUUGUCACCGAUUUCGAACCUUUCGAAUUCGUGGAACGAAACGGUUUCUUGGAUAUUAUAAAAGAAAUGUACAAAGGCGAAGAAAUCCCAAAGGCUAGUGAUAUGGAAAGACAAUUUUCUGCCUUAUACGAUUCUUUAAAACAGAAACUGUACGCGAAAUUAUUGGGAGUAGAAUUCGUUUCCAUUUCUGUAGAUACAUGGUUAUUAUCUAACCGGGACAAGUACUUAACGUGCAGCUGCCAUUUUAUAUUAGACGACGAGCCACGAUCUGCUGUUUUAGAAACCCGACCCAUUGAUGAUGAUUCGGUUCAACAAAUUAGUGAGAUAUUGAACCACAUCUUUAUUAACUGGGGUAUUUCAAAAGACAAAAUUGUUUGCAUCGUGAGUGAUAAUGGCAACAUCUCCGAAGCAAUGACUAAGUUAGAUAUUCGUCAUCUGCCGAGUUUUUCACACAAUUUAGCACUCGUUGCUAACGAUUGUCUGAAAUUUCGAGUCGUCACCCAAUUGACAAAGAGGAUUAAUGAUCUUGUAACGUUCUUCCAAACCUGCAAGAUUAAAUAUCUUACGAAAGAAAUUGAAACAAUUAAAACAAACUUCGACUCGAUAAAAUUAGCAUCAUCACCCUGGAUCAACGAUUAUCAUAAGAUGAAUUGCAUCUUCAAAAACAAUGAAAUAUUAAUUGAACUCUGUGGUUUUAUAUCAAAUGCACCAUCUUCGUUCUCAUCUGAGGAAUUGGAAAAGCUGCAAGAUUGCAUUUCUUGCAUGGAUCCUAUAUAUAAAGCGUACAAAGAAAUCUGCCGCGAUAACUAUGCAACGCAAUCAUCGAUAAUUCCAAUUUUGUAUAUUAUCAAUCAAGAGUUCAAUAAAAUGGAAGUGCAGAAGAUGAAGUCAUCCGAUGGUACCGAUCUUCUAAAAAAAAUGAGAAUAUCUUUGAAAAAAAGGCUAAACAUAUAUGAAACGAUUCCAAUUACCAUAAAGAGCACGUUACUCGAUCCAAGAUGGAAAAAGUCCUUUUUCAGACAGCAAAUUACUGAUGAAAAAGCCGAAAAAUUAAUUUAUGAUGAAAAUCCUUCUGUAAUUUCCUAUCCGAAUGAUCAUCACUAUUCAAUCCAUAGUGAUGAUCUUAAAGAUCCAACAAAUGAUGACAGCAACGACGAUAGUAUAUUUAAAAAGUUAGAUGAGAUGAGUAAAGCAUGGGAAACACAUACAUCAGUUUUGAGAGGCAACACGGAUUUUCAUCAAUACUUACGUGAAUCAACCGUUCACAGAAAAUGCAAUCCGUUGGAGUACUGGAAGGAAAACAAAUGUAAAUUUUCGGAUUUACAUAGAAAAGCCUUAAAGAGUUUCACUGUUCCAGCUAAUUCAGUAUCUUCAGAAUGGAUCUCAUUGGACGAAGGGAUGUUUAUGGUAAACCAACGCAAGAAGAUAAAGCCCAAAUACAUUGAUAAGUAUAUGUUUCUGCAUCGGAAUAUAUGGCUGGAAAACAAUUAUGAUUAAUAAGUUUACAGAAUUAUAUAAUUCCACAGUUUCGUU